UGGAAAUCAACAUGUCUCUCGAUAUGGCAUCUCCUGCAGCUGACAAUGAGAAGCAUCUUGGUUCGCAGAACCAGGAUGAACAGAACUUGGAGCGCCAUGGCUAUGUUCAGCAGACGAAGCGCAACUUCUCUCUUACUGCCAUGGUUGCGACAUGCGUCAACCUGAUGGCAACAUGGGAAGCAUUAUCUAGUACACUCGCUGCUGGGCUCGUAAGCGGAGGGCCAGUAUCCCUUGUUUACGGCGUCAUCGUGGCAUUUAUCGGAUCACUCUGUUCUGCCAGUUCCUUGGCUGAACUGGCAUCAAGUUACCCUACCGCCGGUGGACAAUAUCACUUCGUCGCCAAGCUUAGCCCCAAAACGAGUCGACCCCUGACGAGCUGGUUUGCUGGAUAUAUCUCAACAUUAGGUUGGAUAGCCUCCGCUGGCAGUGCCCCCUUUCUCGCCGGAACACAGAUCCAAGGCCUCCUCGUCCUCAACUAUCCCGAUUCCUACGUCUUCCAAAGAUGGCAUGGCACGCUGCUCUUCUGGGCCGUCCUUCUGGGCUCCGCUUGCAUUUGUAUCUUCUGCAGUAACAAGCUGCCACUCAUCGAGAAGCUGACCCUCGUGCUACACGUCACCUUCUUCAUCGCAAUCAUAGUCACCAUGGCCGUGACAUCACCAACCAAGCACUCGGCCGAAUGGGUCUUUUCCCACUUCGAGAACAACUCUGGAUGGGGUAACAACGCGGUGGCUUGGAGUAUAGGACUUCUCAGCUCUUGCUAUGUUCUUAUCGGCUAUGAUGGCGCCACCCAUCUUAGUGAGGAGAUGAACAAUGCCGAGAUGGGUGUACCCAGGGCUAUGGUUGGUUGUCUCUUGGUCAACGGUCCUUUGGGCUUUGCCUUCCUCCUUAUAAUUCUCUUCUUCAUGGGAGAUAUUUCGGCGGCUUUGGCUACACCUACAGGGUUCCCUAUCAUUGAGAUUUUCCUUCACAUGACCGGCAGCGUUGCGGCUGCUACUACCAUGACUGCUAUGAUUACUGUUAUGGCAUGCUUGUCGACGGUUCCUCUCCUCACAGCGGCGGCUCGCAUCAUGUGGGCGUUUGCUAGAGAUGGAGGUCUCCCCUUUGCUGAGCGUAUUGCAAGCGUUGACAAACGUCGACAAAUCCCCACCGUAUCCAUUGUCGUUGUCAGCUUCCUGCUUAUGCUGCUGAGUCUCAUCAACAUUGGUUCUACGACAGCCUUCAAUGCUAUCCUAUCCCUUGCUGUAGUUAGUCUACAGGCCUCAUACCUCCUUCCAAUCCUUCUGUUGAUCUGGCGGCGCUUAUUCCGCCCAGAUACUUUGCGCUGGGGUCCUUGGAGACUCGGCAGAGCAGGCUUACCUAUCAACGUCAUUGCCGUUAUUUAUCUCAUGUAUACCUGCAUCUUCCUUCUUUUCCCUCCUUUUCAGCCAAUCACUCCGGUGAACAUGAAUUAUGCACCUGUUGUAUUGGGUGGUGCUCUGGUGUUUGGCUGCUUCUAUUGGCCUCUGAGGGUUAGCAAGCGACUCUUCAUCUGGACUGCCCCUGGUGCUGUUUUACUGUUAUCUCGCCAAAUUGACAAGGGUUGGCAGCUCUACAUGGAUCAGUCUACUGCUUCUUCGGCAUCGAUCCGAAGGCGACAGAAAUUGAGGAUAAAAUGGUCGACCAAAUACGAGAUUGACUAUGGAAUCCAUUCGUUUGCUGGCCCCAGCUCAGGGCACUCGUCUGGCAUUGGCGACUCACCAUCUUCUCCAUCUGACACCGACAAUGCCCUUGUAUUGUACUCCCCGCAGGAGGAGUCCUUCAAGCUUUUAACACACUACUUCGCAUCAGCAUGCCAGGUUCUGUCAUCUUUUGACUCACCUAACAACCCUUAUCGUUCGGAUCUGCUAGAAUUUAUACGGAACUCCCCCAUUGUGUUCAAUAGUGCCUUGAGUGCAUCGGCGGCCCAUCUAAGCCAGCAAGAACAAGAAACAUCUUUGAUACCCUUGACUUUCCAGACGGAAGCUAUUUCACAUAUAUCGAGGGAGCUCGCCGAAAUACAUGUUACCCAACACAGAUUGGCUCCUCUUCGCAUCUCAACGGCGUCAACGAUAAAAGAUGACUUGAUGUUGGGUAUCACUCUCAUUGGCAUGACCUCUAGCUGGCACGAUCCUUCUUCACUUGGCCUGUGCCAUUUUCAUGGUGCUCGACAAGUAUUCAGCAUUUGGAUGAACCAAUUCGACCUCACGGACCUUCAGUUGCCGUCUCACCGCAUCCAACGCUUAAUAGCUUCAUCAAUGGUCUAUUGGGAAGUUAUGGCCUCUUGCUUGAUUGAUCAAGAGGUUGGCGCACUUUCAUACCUUGACGUGUUCUCCGCUCUACCACCUACGACCUUUUGUUAUCCGUGUCCAUGGACCGGAGUCGGCACAAAGAUUUUGAUCCACCUCGCCAAAUGCAUGACAAUAGUAAGGCAGAGACGACGUCUGGUUUCAUGCAAUCAUUCAAUGGGGGGUGAUAUAGAUGUAUCAAAUCGCAUCCUCGAUCUACUCACUCAAGCUUUCACUCUAAGUCUGGACAUAGACCAAUGUCAAAUACCAACUCCUGCAGAGAUACAGAAUACUGGCGACUACAGGACUCCAUCAGAUCAUCUCUGUAAGAUAGCUAAGUGCUAUCAACUGGUUGCUCGUCUUGAGCUUGACCGGGCAUUCCCCGAACUCACACAAUGCCUAGAGGAUGUUCAAAAUCAAGAUGCAAUAUUCUCACAGCAUAUCUUAGAGCUUGCAGUGAAGAUACUAGAAAUCAUGAACACUAUUCCGGAGGAUUCCCGAACUAUUGCCAUUCAGACCAUCGUAUUCCUAACAGCGGGAAGUGCACUUGGAUCUAGUUCAAAUGCAGACGCCAAUAUCAAAGAGUUAGUCGCAGACUGGAGGAGAUUUGUACUUGAGAGACUGCACAGAUCAUUCUUGUCUCUCAAACUUCAGACGAUUAAUAGGGCAGCUACUGUGCUUCAGGGCGUCUGGGCACGGAUGGACUCAGCGGCCAUGGAGGAGCCUGAUUCCACAUCCUGUAAAAAGAGUCCAAUUUUGCGCGUGCACUGGAUUGAUGUUAUGACAGAAGCUGGACUAGAGACUAUUCUAGGAUAG